UUUACAUUCCCAUGGAUCUUUUUUGUCUUGAUUGUUUUUUCUCUCACUGUUACUCUUUCACCUUUGUUUUUCUAGUUAACUAAUUAGUGGAAUCAUGAUUAUUAACCUUUAUCGUCUUUACCUGAUUCUUUUUCAAUAGUCUCUUCAUUUGUAUUCACCGGAUGUUUCUAAUAUGAUAACAAUCAAAGUUAACAGAUUGGAUGAAACAAAAGCAACAACAUCAAAAGUGAUCAUCAUUUUCUCACCAAUUGUCAUUUUAAUCAAGUUAAUUCAAUCUUUUUACACUUUAUCCUAAUCAACUAACCAAUUGGCCAUUUUUAUGAGUGAUCAAAGUGAAAAUAUCACCAAAAAUCACCAAGUAAUUCAACUACUGAACCAAAUUAAUCAGCUUAAAAAUGAUACUUUGGUAGAUCAACUAGUUGAGGAUGGUUUCAUUUCUUUACAACGACGAUCUGGUUUCACAUGGAUUGAGCUUUUCCUCCAAUAUUUCACUGGACAAGAUUGUACCUCUAAUGAUGAUUUACUUUUUUUCGUUCGGAAACAAGCAUCUUUAUUCAAUCGAUUUGGAUCUAAUCUCAAGAUAAACCUUGAUGUUUACCGGAAGGACUCGAAUAAAUUGCCUCUGGACAAUGCUCAUAUCGACUGGGAAGAGACACUUUAUAUUAAUACUAUUAUGCAAUAUUUUGAAUAUACGUUGACCUGUGCAAUUUGUACUCGAACAAGUCCCAAAGAAUUUCAAAUACUGGCCAAACAUUCACAAAAAGUUUUUGCCUCUCCAAGUCAUCGAUCGAUGCACAACAAGGGUGAAAUCGAAGAGAUCACUUAUCCGGAUAUAUUUUUUACUCUCGACAAUUAUGAAGAGAUGAUGAGCAAUAUUCCUGUUCGUUGUGGGGAAAUGGUUUGUGUUGAAUUAGUUGCUUCCGAUCGUAAUGGUGAACAUGUUUCCGUUCUGUUCUCGGGUUCCAUUAAUUAUGAAACCAUCAGAUAUAUUCAUGAGCUUCAAUCAGGCUCGAAAGUGAGAGCAAGAAGGAAAAGACCAAUAAAUCAUUACUUUGGAAAUAAAAGAAUGGAGUUCAUUCGUAUGAAAGGUCCAAGAUCUCGUGGAAUAUCUGAAAUGGCUUAUCGAAAGAUUAGCGAAACUGGAUUAAGUCGAUCAGGAUCAAGUGUAUCUCUUCAUGAGGGCGAUUUCGAAAUGUUCGAGGUCUUGGAUAUUGAUCUUCCUGAUAAAUCAUCCAAUGCCCAUUCACUUAGUUGUUUUUCUUGUUGUUCUCGCGCACAGCACCACGAUCUAGUCCAGCGACGUAUGUCCGACCCAUCUAAUGAGCUCGAAAAGAAACUUCAAUCUUGGAAAGGAAAACCUUUAUCUAAAUCACGAUCAGCUAAUCAAGUUUUUAAUCCAGAAGAGGAAUCAGGAAUCAACGAAGUUGAAGCAACCGAUUUCACCGAAGAAAUGGAGGAAGGUGAUUACGAUAAAUUGUGGGAUAUUCCAGGAUUCAAUCAAGCCUUUCACUUUUGGAAAGAAAACAAAAGAGCCAGUUCGCCAACGUUUGAACUGUUCAUUACUUAUAUUACUCUUCCCUUUAAUUUUAUAAUGUCCGACCUGUUGUCAGCCCAACAACAGAAACCGAUUUUAACUUUUUAAAAUCAACAAAAAUCAACUCAAUGGUAGAAACAGUUUACCAUUUGAUUUUGCUACUUUUUUUCUUAAACAAAUUGCUAUUACAAUUUUAAUUGUGGCUCAUGUUUUUAAUUGGUUUUGCUAAAAUUGUCACAGUUGAUCUUCUACAUUUAUUGUAUCCAAAAACAAGACAAUAUCUCAAUACAUCCAAUGUACUAUUUACAAAUCAAAAUUAAAAUGAACAAAAUCCUAA